UAGCACCACAGUGAGAGCAUUUGAACGUAGGAUCACCUUCAUCAAUAUAUCCUAUAUAUGUCCAAAAAAGAACCCAAACAGUGAAAAUCAAUAUUUAAUUAUUUUAUAAUAAGAAAAAUUACUCAUGUGUGUUGGUCAAGAUUGUCAAUGAAAGUACCUUCUUCCUUUCUCUUCGGCUCUUUUUUUCUCUUAGACUGUCCAUUAUUCGACAUUGACACACCUUUCUUGCAUUGUUGCAAAAUUCUAGACAUAGAAAACGAUUCUGGUUGAUAAGGAUUUGUUGCUGGUGAAGCAUGGGCAACUAUAUCCAUCAUUUGGUUAUCUAAUCCAUCAUUUUCUGAAUCUGUACUUUCUUGAGAACUGUAGUCAAAAUCAAGUUCACCUUCUCCAUCAAUGUUGCCUACAAUAUAUUUAAAAUAAAACAAAUUCACAAAUCAAAUUAAAUUAAUGAAACUCAAAUAAAACGAAUCUUCACUGGCAUGAUUUAUUUUUAUUACCUUCGUUUAGAUCAUCUUCAGCAGCUUGUUUUUUUUUGAUUUGGAGUGUGAUGUAUUCCAGUAGAUGAACUGACAUUUGGAUAAGCUAAAGAAUGUGAAAUGUUGGUAAUGUCAUUCAAAACAGCACGUGAUGUAUUCCUUUGUCUCUUUGAAUGAAUGAUUUGUGCUGAGGUUAGACUUGAGUUGGGCAAAUUUGAAACUACAAAAUGGAGAAGAACACUUUUUAAUAAGAUGGUUUCACAUGUCUCUACUUGCUGUGUCAACCCAUUUGUAGUCAUAUUGAAUCUUUGUACUUACAAUAAUGAGAUGUCAAACAACUCAUGUUGAUUGGUGUAUAUGACGUUUGUUUGGACAUCAAAUCCACACCUUUGGCCGUACAUGAAAAUUAAACAUAUUAGUCAGAUAAUUUACCAACAUAAUUGGAUAAUAAAGUAGAACUGGUGAUCUUUAUUUUACCAAAGAGCCGAACUGGUUUAUAAGUUGGUGUUUGCUCUAUAUUGUUGCUCUCAUGAUGUGGCUGAUUCAGUGGAGAAGAUGAUUUUGAAAGUGGUGAGGAACCAAUCUGAUGAAAAACCCUACUAAAUAUCGAUCUUAAUGGAACAGAAGAACUUGUUAACUCUGGACUGGCAUUAGCAUUCCUUGGUACUUGGGAAAUUGGAAGCAUGUUUUCCCUUUGAUCACCAUUACCAUCCCCUCGUUUUCUUUUCAUAUCGAGUAAUCUUUUUCCCCACACGAGUUCUCUAAGCGCAGCAGCAAAUGAAAUCCUAUUUUUUAUUAUAGAUUUUAGUGAUCGCCUAGAGUAAAGGAUAUGGUUAUUGUGGAUAUUCAGAUAUGGCAAAUAAAUUAUAUAAUAGACGAUUGUAAUAUUUAGUAUAUUUUAAACUUGGAAAGUAAAAAUUUUUUAGUAUUUAUGAGAGCAUUUGUAUAAUAGCCGAUCAAUCCAUAUAGUAAAAUAAUAAUGUAGACUAUUUGUAAGAUUAUUCGUCCAUAUAAUUAUUUUUUCCUUUUAAAAUAUUAAAACAUUUGAUCAUGGUGGUUUUGUAGGCAGUUCACACCAUAUUCGUAUUCCGGUGAAGAAGGUCAUGGAAAUAUGGCAAUUAAGUAGUCUCUUCUGUCAUCAAGUAUCAGGUUACGUCCCUUUACGAUCUUUUUUAUUUGUCCAAGUGAUCCGUUGAAUUAGUUCUCCUACGUGUGUGCUAAGUUGUUUUGGUUGGAUAUAUAUAUGGAAUAAUUUUUAGAUAAACCUUUAGAAACACUAAUUAUGAGAAGUUGUCUUAUUGAUUAUUCAAAGCAUCAAAACCAAUAGAACAAAAUACUUCAAUAACCGAAAACCAAAGGAAAAAACAAAACAAAUAGAGUAGAACUGAAAAACCAAUAAUCUAAUCUAUUAAAAACUAAAGCACUGAAAAUAGAAAAUAAAGCAAGGAAAUGGUGAAACAAUUUUAAACAACGCCCCCCCCUAAUCGGUCUUAGUCUUCUCGAGCUUGAUUGGAGCUGGGCAUAUCUUUUUUGAAGUUGAAGUGAGCUCUGGUAGAUUAGUAUCAACUUCUUUUCUUUUAGAUAUUGGAGUAGCACAUUCAGAAGAUUCUUGAGUGUUUCCUUUGAUUGCCAACAUCUAUUUAAAAAAGUAUUAAAAUUGCUAAUAUUAUAAUAAGUUCUUCAAAGUUGGGAUAUAAACCAAGGAAUAUGAACAAUAAAACAAUUAAAAUUACCCCUCCGGAUGACAAACUUGAAGACACCCCUUCAAUCUGGGAUACUGGUUCCGAGUUAGACUCAACUUUCUGAAUGAAAUCACCUGACCAGACCUCUGAAACUUUAUAUAUGUCUGUUCCAUCUGAGCAAGCAACUCCAAAACAGAAAGAUUUUCCCACUAAAGCUUGAAUAGGUAGAGGUAAAAUCUUUGGAUCUUCAAUCUGAAAAAUAUAAAUUAGUAAUUAGUAUAUAUUUAGAGCCAUAUGGGAUCAGUAAUAUUUUACAUAGAACGCUAUAAACUAUAAAAGAUUGGGUAACUCACCUCUUCAUAUGAACCAUCCCAUAGAUUUUUAGCCUCGUCACCAAUAAUGGUUUUAGCCACAGAAUCUAGCAACAUAAUUUUACACGUUCCAGUGUCAUCUUCAACAAUCAAAUGGAGCUUGAAUCUGAAAUAUAAUAUUUAAAAAUGUACCUUCCAUUACUAAUUGUAAUGAUUAGAAAAAACAACUUAUUUUGGACAGAAAGUGAAUGUUUUUAAACAAACUUACUUUGGCUCAACAUUAGAAACGGUGGCACGACAAUCUCGGCAACGGAAUAAAGGCUUGUCAGUUGUGUUACCCUUUCCAGUGAUCAUAGUAACACUAUGGCUACACCUCUUACAUCCAAUAUAGUACCAUCUCCAGUCUGUGUCAACCGUCUUAAUUGAACAUAUGAUCUUUGUCUUCUCCACCUAGAUAGGGAUACAAUAAUAACUUAAGUGUAUGAAUAAGAAAACAUGACUAACUGACAUAGGAAAUAUCAUAGAUACAAAAAUGAACUUAGAAUAAGUCACCUCAGUGAUUUGCGACAAUUCACAGAUCAUGUUAAUCCCAAUGUCAUCCCAAUCGUCUCUCACGCUUACGAUUUCUCUUUUCUCUUCUUUAUUUCCAUUAAGAGACAGAGGCCGAAGAUCAUCCUUCAUUCUGUAAAUAAAGAAAAUUUUAAAAAAGUCAAUCAAAUAGGAUAAUCAAUAAAAGAUAGGAUAAUAAAAAAAAAGUAUUACUUGUCUUUGAAAACAUCAGCCUCAGGAACUGUUGGGUUGAGAUCAAGUACGGUAGCAUCAAAUGCAUUCGUGACCUGUAUGUCGCCUACAAUAUUGAAAAUUUCAAUACCAAUGUUAGACAAAUACGGACGAAAAAACAAUAUAAACAUAUAGUAGAUUAAAUAUAUACCUCGAAACUCAGUGAUUUUUGCAAAUCUUAACAAAAAAACAUUGUUCUCGAUAUCUGAUUCUUGUGCAUAUUGUUCAAUUUUUUCCGCAUAUGAACCCCAAAGACAACAUGCAACUUCGUUACCACUGUUGAAAACGACAUUCGGAUUAUUAAAUCCCAAAUACAUCAACAACCAGUUUCGAUUAAGAAAAAAAUACCAUGUAUCUCUCAUACGAAACUGAAUCAUCUUUCUCUCCUCAUUCUUCACUUGAACGAUCCUAACUUCAGUCACGUCAUAAGGUUGACCAAGUAUAUCUGAAUCAUACAAAAAUAUAAUGGUUAGAUAGGAUAGAAAACGUUAACACAUUUCAAUUAUUGAAAAAUAGAAACUGAAUAAAUUACCAAUAAGGAGUUUUGUAUCAAGCUUUCCUUUCGAAAGCUCAUCGAAAUUAGCUAGAGAUAAGAAACUCCUAUCAUCAUGGUAGUCAGAUCCAGUAAAAACGGUUUCAUUGGUAAUAUUGAUCUUAUAGUCAUGUCAUGUUGGUCGAUAUUUCCCACCUGCUUUGGAAACCUUAAAAUUCUCAACAACACGCCACUCUCCAAUUGGAAGGUUACGUUGAGUACGAAACAUGUGAGCUUUAUUGCAGGAUGCAUGAAUUUUACCACCCUGAAAUUCACGAAAUAGUAUUAGAAAGUAGUAGUAUUGACAGAUGGGUAAUUUUGUGUAUGAAUGACUUACUGCUUCAUCAGCUAAGACCAUUUCAAAUGUUUCUUGGGCAUAGGGGGUGGUUUGUUUCCACGAAUGUAUCAGUUUCACUCGCACACGCCAUGCCGACUUCCAAGGUUUGACACUGGAAAGCAAAGAGAAACUUUUGUUUAGUGACAUGAUUGUUUUCAAACGAUGAAAUGUUGUGGUGACUAUUGGUGUGAGGGAAACUAUAUAUAAUGGAGAUAUGGAACCCUAUGAAUUCUAAAACUACACAACGCCCACUUUGCCCACUUUGCAAGUAAACCGAAUAUGCUCUGCAUAUAAAAUAUUUUUUGUUACCAAGAAUAUAGGUAAUCGUUUGAUAGAAAUCAAUUAUCUUUGUUAUGUUAGAUAUUCUUGUUACCAAUAAUUGAUAACUUUUAAUUAUAAUCAAUGUUGAUUGAUGCGCAAGGUUAGGGGAUGAAUGAUUCUGGUUACUAAUUAUAUGCAAUAUAUUUCGAUGGUAACAUGAAUAUAGUAUUGAUUUCUUUUUGGUUAAAUCAGAAUCGCUUUCCAAAAAUAUAAAAUAUUUUUUGUUACCAAGAAUAUAGCUAAUCGUUUGAUAGAAAUCAAUUAUCUUUGUUAUGUUAGAUAUUCUUGUUACCAAUAAUUGAUAACUUUAAUUAUUUAAUGUUCAAAAUAAAUGUUGAUUGAUGCGCAAGGUUAGGGGAGGAAUGAUUCUGGUAACUAAUUAUAUGCAAUAUAUUUCGAUGGUAACAUGAAUAUAGUAUUGAUAUCUUUUUGGUUAAAUCAGAAUCGCUUUCCAUUUUUUUUGGUAACUAAUUAUAUGCAAUAUAUUUCAAUUAUGUUUUCAAAUUUUGAACGUGUUGUAGAGACUUCCGGAUGUUAAGGAAGGAAGAACUCAUUUGGAAAAAAAAAACUACACCAUCUAAUAUUAACGUAAAUACCAAAAACAAUUAUACGAUACAUUAGUAUAGUUUACGGUACCAGUAACAUGAUGUUAAUGUUAAUUAGUGUUUUGGAGGAAUGUUAGAUGCUAUAUAAUUAUACGAUACGAAAGAAAAAUUGAAUUGAUGAUUUAAUUUGAAGUCAUCCGAUUUAUAACCUAACAUUCCAUCAUGUUCAAUACUUUAAGUCAUUGUUUCCGUUUUUGUAGUGUAUAGUAUAGCAUUAAAUAAUCGAUAAAGACAAGCUAAUUUUAAGGAAAGAGUAAUAAUAGUUUCAGUGGCAUUCGAAAGUAAUUAACAUUGAAAACUCAGGGUUAACUUAAUUUUGUACUCCUGUUUUAAUAGAUUAUAAGAUAGAUAAACUGCAUAAAUGGCUUCCACAUGACGGUUUAUUUAUUUCAAGACUGGUACAUGUCCUAUAUAUUAUUAUCCAUUAAUCUAUUGGAACUGGGCUUAACGAUGACAUGUGGCCAACAGUAUAAAAUUGUCGCCAUAUAAAUAUAGUACAUGAACAGUUUCCUAUGAUUGCUCAAUGAUAUUUCUUUCUAGCAAUAGUAAUUCGUCAAAAGUUACUAACGCAUUAUAAUGACCAUUUCCAAUUGUCAGAAACCAAAAAGUUUAAUAUAUUUUCCGAAAAAUAAAUGUUUUGCAAAGUCAUUUGUUUAUAAAAAAUAUGUAUUUUACAUUUUCAAUAUAUUCUACAUAAAUUAAUAAUAAUAAAUUAUAGUUUUUUAAAAUUUAAUUGUAUUUACUAAAUUACUACUGAUUUAAAAUUGUUGAAAUGAUUCAUUAUCAGAUUUUCAUAUGUUUUAAUAUACAUAAAUACAAAACAUUUAUUUUUUUAGAAAAGUACAUAUCUUUUAAGCGCAUGAACUUUAUUUCAAAAAUUAUUUACACUACAUAUCUGAUAAAUUUUAAGAAAACUUCAAAUAUAUAAUAGUUUCUAUUAAUUUUAUUAAUCAGGCAUAUACGUUUCUAUUAAUUAAGCUUCCGCCAUAGGUGUAACUCGUCCUCCGUUUUUCUAUUUAACAAUUUUAUUAGUUAGGCAAUACAUUUAAAUAUAUAAUUGUUUCUAUUUAACAAUCAAGAUCAUACAUAUAUAUGCUAAUUGUAAAUUUAUCUAUUUCAACUUGAAGUUAUUGCGAAAUUUUUUAAUUUAUUUUUUUGUCAGCAGAAAAGUUUUAUUUAAAACUAUGUUACAUGGGAUGCCAUAGCCUACUGUUGUAGACAUGUACUCCAUUAUCUUGCAAAUUAAUAAUUUAAUAACUCUGUUAAAUAGUUAUACUAUGGUUUAAGUUUUAAUAAAGGAUUUAAGAAAACUUAAUUGAUUAAUGAGAAAGAAAAAUACAGACGCGUUGUCCCUUUCCCUGCAUCUCUCUUGGUUGUCUUUGUUUCCUGACAUCUUAGAUUCAUCGUAUGAAGUAUACUCACUUUCAGAAAAUAAAAGAAAAGAACUUUUAUAUCAACUUUCAAUCUUGUUGACUAACGAACUUUCAGACAAAGCAUACGAGAGGAGUGAUCAGUUUCACCAAAAAAGUUCUGCAUUAUUAUUUAGAUUAGAUCAUUGCAAUCUUUCUCAGGUUAUUUGUUUUGUUUCUCUUCAUGUCUUCUUCUUCAUCGUCUUGUGAUUGGGUAUACGACGUCUUCCCGAGCUUCAGAGGAAAAGAUGUCCGUAAGUCAUUCCUCAGCCAUUUUCUCAAGGAGUUGGAUCGAAAACUCAUCAGUGCUUUCAAAGACAAGAAGAUCGAGACAAGUGAAUCACUUGAUCCCGUCCUUAAGCAAGCCAUUAAAAAAUCAAGGAUUGCGAUCGUCAUCUUCUCCCAAUAAUACGCUUCUUCUAGCUGGUGCCUUAACGAGUUGCUGGAGAUAGUGAAAUGCCAAGAAGAGUUAAGUCAAAUAGUUAUACCCGUUUUCUACGAGGUUGAUCCUUGUCAUGUCAGACAUCAGACUAAAGAGUUUGGAGAGGUCUUUAAGAAGACAUGCCUGAGAAAAACAGAGGACGAGAUACAACUAUGGAAGAAAGCUUUGACCGAUGUUGCAAAUCUUGUCGGAUAUCAUUCUCAAAACUGGGAAAACGAAGCAACAAUGAUUGAAGUAAUAGCCAAUGAUGUUUUGGGUAAAUUGAAUUUAAAUCCGUCUAAGGAUUUCGAGGACUUUGUCGGGAUCGAAGAUCAUAUGGAAAAGAUGAGUUCACUUUUGUGCUUGGAAUCCAAGGAAGUGAAGAUGAUUGGGAUAUGGGGUCCUUCCGGAAUUGGCAAGAGUAUUAUUGCAAGAGCACUAGAAUCUCGACUCUCUCGUCACUUCCAUGGUAAAGUUUUCAUAGACAUGCGUUUCAUAUCCAAGAGUAAGGAAUGUUAUCGCAAAGGUAACUCAGAUGAUAUUAACAUGAAGCUGCACUUGCAAGAAAACUUCCUUUCUAAGAUAUUAGAUAAGGAAGGGGUAAAAGUAGAUACCUUAAAUGCCGUGAGAGAGAAGCUAAAGCGCCAAAAAGUUCUUAUAUUUAUCGAUGAUUUGGAUGAUCCGGUGGUGUUAGAUGCGUUGGCUGGUGGAGACGAAUGUUUUGGUCCUGGGAGUAGGAUAAUUGCAAUUACAAAAGAUAUGCAGAUACUAAGGGCCCAUCGGAUUACAUGUGUUUACAAGGUUGAAACCCCAUCUAAAGAAAUAGCGCUUCAGAUGUUAUGUCGAUCUGCUUUCAGACAAGAUUCUCCGCCUGAUGGGUUCAUGGAGGUUGCGUCUGAAGUUGCAAUGCGUCUAGGUGGUCUUCCUUUGGGACUUAACAUUAUAGGUUCGGCCUUGAGGGAAAGGGACAAAACUCAUUGGGUAAAUAUGUUGCCAGCUCUUCGGAAAGGUCUAGACGGAAGAAUUGACGAAGCACUAAGCUUCAGCUACAAAUCAUUAGAAAGAAAAGAAUAUAAAGCAUUGUUUCGUCACCUCGCGUGUCUUUUUAACGGUGAUGAAGUCAGUUACAUCAAGUUGAUGCUUGCAGAUAGUGAGUUGAAUGUUGACAUGGGUCUUGAAGUUUUAGUUGAUAAGUCCCUCAUACGUGUGGUACCAUUUUGGAAUAAUACGAACAUCGUGGAGAUGCACUGUUUAGUACAAGAAAUGGGUAAAGAAAUUGUUCGUGGACAAUCUGACAAGCCUGGAGAACGAGAAUUUCUAAUGGAUUCAAAGGAUGUUUGCAAUGUUCUUAAAGAUCGUACCGGUACUGAAAAGCUUAUAGGUAUAUCAAUGGACUUAGAUGAAAUUGAUAAGGUGAAGAUACAUGAGAAGGCUUUUAAAAGGAUGAGUAAUCUCCGUUUUCUAAAAUUCUAUAAAAGGUCAUUGCAACCGAAGAAAGAAGUUAGAUGGCAAACACCCAAAACACUCAAUGAUUUUCCGGAUGAACUCAAGUUACUAAGUUGGCCAGGAUAUCCUAUGGAAUGCAUGCCUUCUAAUUUUUGUCCUGAAUAUUUGGUUGAACUCAGUAUGCCUAACAGCAAGCUUAAAAAGCUAUGGAAAGAAGUUGAGGAGCUUACAUACCUGAAGGAUAUGGAUUUGUCAGGAUCUAAAAGCCUGAAAAAGAUUCCAGAUCUUUCAACGGCGACCAAUCUUGAGACAUUGAAUCUUCAUGGUUGUUCAAGCUUGGUGGAGCUUCCCUCUUCUAUUCAAAGUCUCAAUAAACUGACGGAUUUGAACAUGUCUGGAUGCACAAAUCUGGAGACACUUCCAAAUGGAGCCAACCUGAAAUCUCUAGUUCGCCUCGUUCUCAAUGGUUGCUCACAGUUGAAGGUUUUCCCUGAUAUUUCGAGUAAAAUAGAAUCCAUCAUUGCAAACAAGACAGCUUUUGAAAUUUUCCCUUCUAAAUUGCGUCUUGAGAAUCUUGUUGAACUUCGCAUGGAGCACAGCAUGAGUCAAAGGUUAUGGGAGGGAGUUCAGCCUCUUACAAGCCUCACAAAGAUAGUGUUGUCCGGAUCACAAAACCUGAAAGAAAUCCCAGAUCUUUCACUGGCAACAAGUCUAGAGACACUAAAUCUCAAUGGUUGCUCUAGUUUGGUGGAGCUAACUUGUUCAUUCAUUCAGAAUCUUAAUAAACUAACCACCUUGGAAAUGACAGGAUGCUCAAGUCUAGAGACUCUACCAACUGGCAUCAACUUGAAAUCUCUCUACCGCCUCAACCUCAAUGAAUGCUCGCAGUUGAAGAGUUUCCCUGAUAUCUCAGAUAACAUCUCCACCCUCUAUCUAAACCAAACGGCGAUAGAAGAAGUUCCUCGAUGGAUCGAAAACUUCUCCAAACUUGAAUCCUUGGAAAUGUGGAAAUGCAAAAAUCUAGCGACUCUUCCAACUGGCAUCAACCUAAAAUCUCUCUAUCGUCUCAAUCUCAGUGGAUGUCCACGGCUGAAAAGUUUUCCAGAUAUCUCAAGCAAUAUCUCCAAUCUUUAUCUUAACCAAACAGCGAUUGAAGAAGUCCCUCCAUGGAUAAAUAACUUUUCUAGCCUUGAAGCCCUGGAAAUGUGGGAAUGCAGACAGCUAAGAUGCAUCUCACCAAACAUCUUCAAACUUGAAAAUCUUGGCGAGAUUUUCUUCUCGGACUGCGAGCAAUUGUCUGAAGUUAGCUUUCUAGACUUUCCACUGGAGGAAGCAGAAGACACCAGUAAUACUUGCACUAAGUUGUCAUUGAUAAGUUUCACCAACUGCAUAAAUUUGAAUCAAGAAAACUUCAUUCAACAAUCAGCUUCCAAGUAUCUGAUCUUACCAGGUGUUGAAGUGCCCCCUUACUUUACGCACAGAUCUGCUGGGAGCAUCUUUAACAUCCCUCUACAUCAUUCUUCUCUUUCUCAACAACCAGUCUUCAACUUCAAGGCUUGUGUCGUGGUUUCUGAUGUCGAUGCGGUUACUGAAGGAACAGAAACCGCCGACCAUCAUCUUUGCUUUAUUGACAUUGAGGUAAAUUGCCGGUUUAAAGACAGCCACGGGAACUACUCUGGGUCAACAGAGUCAAUAGAUUUCUCCUUACCUCAAGAGUAUGAUCAUCUGAUUAUAUUUGACUGUCCUUUCCGUCAAAACCAAGACAGUGGUGAAUCGAAUUGCGAACAAGUUGAGAUAGAGUUUAGUCUUGUUAGUACAGGGCUCAGACUAAUAGGAUGUGGUUUAAAACGCCAAUGACUGCAUGUACCAUCUUCUUGUUAGUAUCUAUUGGCCACUGUAACGUUUUUCAUACAUAUAUGGGGUUAAAAAUCAAAGUUUAAUUUAUUCAGAAAAAAAUGAAAAAAGGUAUUGCAUGAUAUUAGUCUUUAGGGCAGCUCAAGAACCCUUUAACUUGCACACCGUGAGGUACCAUCAUCAAUAUAUCCUCUAUAAACUUCUACGAAGAAAUUUCUUCAAGUUAUGAAUCUAUUAACAACGAUUACCGUUGCUUCUUUCAGACAUUUUAGUUUUUCAGAACAAUAAGCUAAGAAAUGUAUUGUUUUGAAAGUGGAUUAAAAUCCAGUUCUUCCGCGUUAACUUUCAUUUAUGCAAUAUGGUCUGUGAGCUGCCAACUUGACUCUUCAAAAAGUUGAUCUUGGUGUCUCUGGCAGCGAUAAAACAGUACACGCACUUUCAAAUUCAGCAAUUUUGCGUCAGUUGGUUGUUAGCUCCACGUUGACAAACAUGCUCUCUUUGUGAAGAAUCAAACUCUGUCUUUACAUAGUUGAUGUUUUGUGUUUUUAUCAGUUUUAAACUCGGUUUUUGACAAAGAAUGAUUGGAUUUUUAAGGUAUUUUGGUCUUUUCAGCUCUUUUUGUCGUUCUUCUAUACCUAUUACAGGUUACAGGUUAGCUUACUGAAAAACGCAUUUGGAAAUGAAUUUGGAGAAAAAAGGAAGAACACGAUCGAACUGAGCUAGAAACAUGAACCUGUUGGAAUUUAUACCGGUUUAUAACAAUUUAUAAAUCAACCUAUGAAUUCAAUUUGCCUAGAAUCUCAUGUCAAUACUGAAAUAAACUUAGAUCUUAGGGUCUUAAAUAUACCUGAAAAUUUUACAGCGGAAAGACAAACAAACAAAGUCGAGAUUUAGAGCACUCCAAACGUUGUGCCUCUACCGGUAUCCACAUGCACACGAACUGGAUCGAUACGGAAUGCUAGUACAGUUGAGAUCAAAUCUCAAAGCCUUGACAAACUCUUUUUGUCUCUUUAGGGUUUUAGCCGUCACAUUUAUUUUUGUGUGUUUUUGUAUAUCACACAAAACGUCAACGGUAUGACCUUAUAUAACGUGCAUGAAACCUAAUUAUAAUCACAUUAGAAUUAUGGACUAAGCCCAUUUGUAUUAGUUAGCCGACGUGCAAUCACUAUUGCAUACGCAUAUAUAAGUUACCUUACAUAUCGCAUAUG